AGUUCCUACCCACGACAGCAAAUAUUCACGUGGUAUCCUGCCCAAUCAGGGUCGGGAUAUGAAGGCACGAGGAACUAUAGUGUAGUGACGUAGAUCGAUCGACCAUAUAUGGAAAAUUAACCCCCACCCAGACGUACGAUACCAGGGACGGGAAGUCAUUUACUUUAAUAUAGACAUAGCACAUUGUUAAAAAAUAACAGAAAAGGGAAUAUAAACAAAACAAAGAACCUCCAUUCUACGAAGGUGAGAUGACGACAAACCAACCUAAGAAUACAUCAGAAUGGCAGUUACAUAGAGUUUUACAGAGAGCUAAUCUAUUACAGUAUUAUGAUACGUUUAUUAGUCAAGGUGGAGAUGAUGUACAACAGUUAUGUGAGGCUGGAGAGGAGGAGUUUCUGGAGAUUAUGGCUUUGGUAGGGAUGGCCAGUAAACCUUUACAUGUCCGGAGAUUACAGAAAGCUCUACAAGAAUGGGUAGCUAACCCUGCUGCUUUCCAGGGCCAGAUACAAAUGCCAAUGAUUGGAACACCCCCAGGAGCAACAGGCAACCAGUCUUCUCAGCUUGGUCAAACUGUACCUAAAAUGAAUCUUAAUGGUGGUCAAGUCAACAGGGACCAGGCUAAUCCAUAUCAGAUGCAUUCUUCUACAUCACCAGUAAUGAAUGCUAGAUCCUGGAGCCCUAGUCCUCUCAUACAACCCACUACCAGUCCAGGACCAGCAAAUAUGGUUGGGGGAAACCAGUCAGAAAUCAAAGAAGAAAUUAAUCAUUCCCAAUCCCCUAUUCCUACCCCAGUGCUGGUAGAGAGUCAGAUCAACGCUAUAGCAGAAGCAGCAACAAAUAUUGCUAAGGCUAUACCUUACUUUGAGGCCAAACCUCUCAAUAUGAAGAAACAAAUCAACAAAGACAUAAUGGCUCUACAACAACAGCCAGAUGAUUCUCCUAAUAGAUUGGAUGAGAUGAGAAAAUAUGCAGCAAUCUAUGGCAGAUUUGAUUCCAAGAGGAAAAAUAUUAAACCUAUGUCAAUGCAUGAGAUUUCAGUAAAUGAAGCAGCAGCACAGCUAUGUUUACAUAUGCCAACCCUGUUAACAAGACGAGAAGAUUUAUUCCCCUUGGCCAGACAGGUGGUUAAAGAUAGUGGAUACCAAUACUCAAAAGGACAUUCUAGGUCUGGUGAAACAGUUUUACCUUCAGCAAAGAGAUCACGCUUGGAUCCAACUUUCUUAAAAAUGUUAGAAACUUAUCCUGGAAUGUAUGUUCCAUUUGAGUUCGAAAGGUCACAAGUGAUGAAUGAUAGAAUGUCAGCUGUGAUAAAAGAAAUAGGUUCACUGAAUCAGACUCAAGAUGAAUUUAAAAAGCAGAUACAGGCAGCCCAGGAAAGAGGUGAUAUAGACACGGCUAAACCUCUUCAGGAUCAGUAUGAUCAGAAUGUCACUAAACUGGAAAAACUACUGUCUGAGCAGGCAGAAAUGAAGAAAAUAAAUAAAUUUUCCAGGAUGCCCAAACUUGGUUUUGAUGAUGAUGAUAUUAGCUCAGAUUUACAAAGUGGUGGAUCUUCCCCAUCUAACUCUGCGGAUGGAGAUGAUUUUGCUGCACAUUUACGUGCACAGUUCGACCCAAAUGCAAAGACAAAGUUAUUGAAUGACACAUUGUUUGAUGAGGGACUUAGAAUUGCACAGCAAUACGGAAUGGCAGAUUUUGCCAAAGAAUUGAAAGGGCUUCAAGUACCAGGAGAAGAGGAUGAGGAACCAUCUAAUAUUCCAACAUUCAACAAUAAUAAUGGACAAUCUCAAAAUUCUAUAGUAAAAAAUCCAGCCAAUGAAAGUCCACAAAAUAAUCAUGUGACUAGUGACACUUGUGAAGAUGGAAAGACAAAUGAACUUCCUGUAAAUGGAGAUUCCUGAAAAAAAUUCUCAGAUUUUGUUAAGUGUUCAUAUUGUUUUGUAAUAAGUCAUAUUUUAACUGAUCAUGUCACAUUGAUCUCCUUAACAUAAGAUGUUUUCAUCUUUCAUAAGCCAUUUUACCUCAAUUCACAAUUAUCAUUUUGUUGAUUUUGGUAACACAGAUUGAUAGUAAGGAAAAUUGUAAAUUGAUAAUGAGAAUUUUUACGUUAAGUUUGUUGCUAAUUUAUUAUAACUAAGGUAUGAUGUAAAAAUUGAGUACUUUUCAUAUUUAUGUGAAAUAUUAUAACUUGAGUGCUAUUUAUAUAUUGUUGAAAAUGAGAUUUAUGACUUUUCUGUUGAUGAUAAUUAGGUUAAUGACUACAGAUACUUUAUAUCUGAUUU